GUCAUUCCGCACUGCGUUGAGGCUGUGUAGCUAGCCAAUCGGCUGGCGAGUUGUGCUGUCUGGUUUUUGUUGUGACGUGUAGGAGCCAGUGUCAUUCAGCCAUGGCCGGGGUGCUGUGCGUGUGUUCCAUGCUGAGGUUGCUGACGUCACUGUUUGUUCCUGCACUUGUGGCCAGCGUCACCACCACCCUGCUGUUGGCUGUCCUUCUCUCCUGCCUUCGAUUGUGGAUUGCGCAGAAGAAGAAGUCAUCCGUGCAGUUAUGCAAAGAUGGCAAGGCACAAAGAGUAGUGGCGUUUUUCCACCCAUACUGUAACGCAGGUGGUGGCGGGGAGAGAGUGCUGUGGUGUGCGCUGCGAGCUCUGCAGAACAGGUAUAAAGAUGCUCUAUAUGUAGUGUACACUGGAGACGAGGACGUCUCUGGAGAAGAGAUCCUGAAUGGGGCAGUAGGCAGAUUUAACAUCAGGUUAUUGUACCCUGUUAAGUUUGUUUUCCUGGAAAAGCGUAACCUAGUAGAAGACGGAUUCUAUCCUUAUUUCACCCUGCUGGGACAGAGUUUGGGCUCCAUUGUUGUAGGGUGGGAAGCGCUGGUAAAAUGUGUGCCUGAUAUUUAUAUUGAUUCCAUGGGCUAUGCAUUUACAUUACCUCUGUUUAAAUACCUGGGGGGCUGCCGCGUGGGAUGCUACGUGCACUACCCAACUAUCAGCACGGAUAUGCUGUCUGUGGUUCAGGACCAUCGAGCUAGCUUCAAUAACUCUACAUUUAUCUCCAACAACCCAGUCCUGAGCAGGCUGAAACUGAUUUAUUACUAUUUAUUUGCAUUGAUUUAUGGAUGGGUUGGAUCUUGUAGUGAUGUGGUCAUGGUCAACUCCACGUGGACUUUCAACCACAUCAUGGAUUUGUGGAAAUGUAGCAGUUGCAUCAACAUUGUUUAUCCACCCUGCGAUGUGCAGACGUUCUUGGACAUCAGUCUGAACCAGGAGCAUGAGAGAAAAGGACAUUCUGUGGUGUCUAUUGGUCAGUUCAGGCCAGAGAAGGACCACAGGCUGCAGAUCCGCGCUUUUAGUGCUCUGCUGGCAAAAAAGACCCCAGAAGAGAGAGAAAAUGUGAAACUCAUCCUCAUUGGUGGGUGCCGGAACAGACAAGACGAACUCCGUGUGUCGGACCUGAAGAAGCUCAGUGCAGAAUUAGGAGUUCCUGUCGAGUUUAAAGUAAAUAUUCCGUUUGGAGAGCUGAAGAAACUUCUCAGUGAAGCCACCAUUGGGUUACACACUAUGUGGAACGAGCACUUUGGAAUUGGAGUGGUUGAAUGUAUGGCAGCCGGGACAAUAAUUCUGGCACACAACACUGGAGGCCCCAAACUGGACAUUGUAGUCCCCUAUGAGGGCCAUGAAACUGGCUUCCUGGCUGACAGUGAGGACAGCUAUGCUUCUGCUAUGGACCGUAUACUCUCCAUGUCCGAAAAGAACAGACUCCAAAUCAGGCAAAAUGCACGGAAUUCCGUCUCUAGGUUCUCGGACCAAGAGUUUGAAGUACAUUUUCUCUCUGCUACGGAGACACUGUUUAAAUAAUAAACUUGUUUGGAAUUUUUCAGUGGGACCAGAGGAAAAAGUGUCAGAUAUUUUUUAUUUAAUGCUCUACUUAUAUGUGUGUGUAUAUGUGUGUGUAUAUAUAUAUAUAUAUAUAUAUAUAUAUAUAUAUAUUGAUCUGCUGUAAAUUAAAUGUAAUUAAUUCCUCAAA